AUGUCGUCCAACAUGCGAUGGCUAAUACUCGGCGCCAUAUUCUUGGCCGUCCAGCUGAGUGCUUCGGCGCUGCUGCAGAGCAGCCAGCGUAGGAGUGACAGUUUGGAAGGACUAGGCCAGCGGCGAGCGAGAGAGCAGAAGUCGGGAAUGCCAGAUGAUAGACGACGCGAAAUGGACGAAUACGACGAACGUCUCGUUUAUAGACAAGUCGAUGAACGAAGACUUAGUCCAGAAGCAACAGAGCGGAGAGAAGAAGAGGUUAGAGCUGAACGUGAGGUUGCUCGUCGGCAAGAGCCCGAACGACGUGAGAGCAAUCGGCUGGAACGAAGGCUUAGUCGAGAAGAAGAGGUCAGAGGUGACCGCGAAACUAAGCUUACUCGUGAGGUUUCUCGGCGUGAAAUCGAUCGGCUUGAGCGUCAGAGCAAUGAGCGACGAGAAGAGGUCAGAGCUAGGCGGGAAGAAGCCGAACGAAGACUCAGUCGAGAAGAACGCGAAUCUAGGCAUACUCGUGAGGUUGCGAGGCGAGGAGAAACGGCACGACGUGAAAGCAAUCGGCAAGAGCGAAGGGAAGACCGACGAAAUAUUCGCGAGCAGCGAGAAGGUGAACGCCGUUUUGUGGACAGUAGUCGACGAGCUGAAGUGCGUCGUGAAGAAAGCAGGCAAGAACGAGAAGUGCCCGAGCGUCGCGAAGAAAGUGAAAUAUCACGACGGGAACAAGAAACUGAACGAGUCCGAGAAAGCGGAAUUGAGCGACGAGAGGAUAGCUUGCGAAGGGAGCAGCGCCAACGACAAGAGCGCGUCAGUCGGGAACGUGUGCAAGAAGAGCGAGAGCAGCCUGAACGAGAAGAACGCCGUUUGGAGCGAGAGGAUGAACCAAGGGAAAUGCGCCAAUUGGAGAGAGAGCAGGAUCGGCGACAAGAAAGCCAAUUGAAGCGAGAGCAAAGCAGGCGGGAGGACCGCCAAAUGGAGCGCGAGGAUGAACGACGCAUGGAGCGAGAAGAGGCACGACGAGACGAACGCCGUGUUGAACGUGCAGAGGAACGGCGAGAUGACCGCAGUGAAGAGCGAGAAGAGAAACUACGAGUAGAGCUCCGUAUGGAACGAAAAGAGGAUCGUCGAGACGAGCGGGCAGAGGAACGACAAGUUGAGCGCCAAGAAGAUCGAGAAGACGAACGAAGAGUAGAGCUCCGCAUGGAACGUGCAGAAGAACGUCGAGAUGAGCGUCGAGAGGAGGAAGGUGAACGUCGAGAGGAGCGAGACCAAGAACGACGCAAUGAACGUGAAAUUCAGAGGCGCCAAGAGCCAGUUCGAGUUGACCACCGACGAGAGAGUAACGAACGAGAGCUUGAACGCCGCGAAAUUCGUGCAUUAACACGAAACACAGAAUCACUUCGUACUGCUGAUGACAGGAGACAGGAACAAUACGAUGAACGUCUGGUUUACAGACAAGACAACGAGCGAACUCACAAUCGAGACAUGGCACGACGAGUAAAUGAGCGACGCGAGGAACGUCGUGAAGGGCGUCGUGAAGAACGUCAUGAAGAGCGUCGUGAAGAACGUCGUGAGGAACACAUGGAGGCCCGUGAUGAGGCCAGGGACUACAAGCUACAAGAGCAGCGGCUCAAUGAGCGCAACAUCGAACAGUCAAAACAAAAUUCAGAGCGACGUGAACGAAAUUUGGAGAUUCGUGAGUUCCUUCCAGCAAACCACCAGUCCAACUGGACAAGCUGUGGAAAGCGCGAGCUCUUCAUUGCCGGACAGGUUCUACUAAUGGCAGUGCUCUACGCCAAGUCAAGUGCCAACGGCAAGAAUUUCGGGUACGCCUUCAUCGCCAAUCCAGUCUAUAAAUAG